UUCCCGUCUCGCGCUCGAAGAAGCAACGCUCCUCCCCCCCCCCCCAUCAAUAUGGCUUCGGCUGGGGCGGGGAUGACCGAGCGCGAGCGGGACGGCUGCCGGGAGCUGUUGGAACUGCUCCAGACCGACGACCUGCUGGCUCUAGCGGACACGGUGACCAGCCGCCUCGUGCAGCCCAGCAACCGCCAAGAAGCCAUAAAUGUCAUCUUGCUGUACAGUCAAAGUACUGAAGAGCUGUUGAAAAGAAAGAAAGUAUUUCGAGAGAUAAUAUUCAAGUACUUGGCAAUGAAAGGAGUUAUAUUGCCACCUUCUUCUGAAAAACACCAGCUUGUUUAUCGUGCAAAGGAGUACUGGUGUGAAGAGCUGAAAGUCUCUGCUUCAGAGCAAACAUAUACUAAUCUUAGUAUACAGCAACAAGAAGAUGGAAGAACACAAGGAGAUCAAGAUGACAUCAAAGAGUGUCACAAUCUGGCAGAAGAAUUUUGUCAGUGGUAUUUUAGAAUGCUAAACUCUCAGAACCCAUUGAUUGGAGAACCACAACAAGAAUGGGGACCACAACAUUUUUGGGCUGAUGUAACGCUAAAAUUUUGUUACCACACUUCGGAACAAAACAUGGAAGAGUACUCAGGUGCAGAAUUGGUGAGCCUUCGCUUGUUGUCAUUAGUGAAAGAAGAAUACCUCUUUCUGAAUCCCAACUUGAAUGCAGGUGGCCUGAAGUGUACAGUUUCACCAUAUGGAUUAGUUGUGGUAGCAGUAGCUGGCACAGUUCAUAGAAGUACUUGUUGUUUGGGAAUCUUUGAACAAAUCUUUGGCCUCAUCCGCUGCCCAUUUAGGGAGAAUACAUGGAAAAUCAAGUUUGUCAAUCUAAAGAUUGUUGGCCAGAAUGCGAUAGAGCCUGGGACCCAUAUAGAAAGGCCAAGCAUAAAAUACGAGCAAGAAGAACUGCAGGAAUUUUAUGUGUCCAAGGAACUUGCCUUGAUUGAGCCUCAAAAAUACUGACUGUUCUGUUUUGCAAAACGAGGGAGAAAAGUAUGUGUGCCUUGGAAAAUACAGCAGGAGAGCACUCAAAGCAUUCAGUAAUUUAUUUGCCUUUUUAAGAAAUUAAUGCUUUCCUACUAUGAGAUAAUCAUAGAGAUUUGCUGCUGGUAAUUGUUGGCUUGAUUCUUGCCCCCAAAUUUACAAUUUGAAAAAUUACUUUGGCAGAUUAUUUUCUACAUGAGAAGGGAAGGGAAGGUGAGAAGAUACUUCUACUUUCCUGUCAACUUCUGCUAAGUACUGAUAUAGAGGACGGGCGGGAGUGAAUAGCCAGGAAGAAUCAAGUAUAAAUGAGAAGCAUAAAGUAAUUGCAGAUGUAAUAUUGUCAUCUUGACUGCUUGUAGCUUUCCUUUUUUCCCUCUUUGGGGUAGAAGAAUACAGAAGUGUGAUGAAUCUGUUAAAUUUGCAAGAGAUUCUUUUGCCAAAGUCUUAAUUUUAAGUCUUAGUUAAAUACCCUUCACAGUUUAAUCUCAGGGUUGUACAAAACAAAGCAUUUUUUUAUUUUUGAUAGAAUUUUCUGCUUAGGCAGCAACAUUAUUAAAAUGAUUGUUACUUAAAUCAGUAUAUGCGUGAAAGGUUAUAACAGUGCUAAAUUUAAUAGAGUGUUUUCAUGGGGAAUUUAUGAAAUAAUGUUGCUUUGAAAUUUGUUAUUUGUCUUAUUUGUUAUGUACAACCCUUAUUCAUUUAGUUAUUUACAUAUAACUAACAUGUAAAUAUACAAGACAAUUGUGAUAUUAUAAAAGAGACAAGCACUUAAUUUGUGGCAGUUAUUACAUCUAGUUUAUUUCACUUAUGCUACUUUUUAUUGUUCCUAAUAAAAAUUGCAAUCUUCAGACUAUUUAUAAAAA